AUGCGUGCAGCAGUUUCAGUGGUUACUGGAGCAGUCGAGAACGUAGUCGUUACGGGUCUCAAUGAGGUUGGAUCCAUAUUUAGUGGUCCAUCACCACCGCCUACAACUACAACUACAACUACAACAACAACAACAACCACUACCACACCGGCGCCUGGUGCGAAUCCCGCAAACUCUCCGAUUGCUCCGAAUAAUCCAGCGAAUCCAGCGAGUCCUCUGAACACUCCAAAAUCCGCAGCUAUUGAUGGAACAACUGAACUUGCUGGAACCGACAUAAUAAUAUUUCUGGUUGUUCUCGCCGUUUUCUUAGGAAUCAGUUUCAUUGGAAUAUUCUUCAUCAUCAAAAGUCUAAGGAAGAAGCCGGACACAGCUGAAGGUGCUGCUAGUCCAAUUAUAGUUACAGUGGAAUCAGGAUCAGUCGGCGCAAGUGAGACAUCUGGAACAACUACUGGAGAAACUAAAGCAAAGAAAAAGAAGAAGAAGACGAAGGGAAAGAAAACAAAAUCUGGAGAAAGUGGUACCACUACUAGUUGA